UUAAGUACAGAGAACAAACUGUAAAAUAUUUUUCUCAAUUAACUCAUGAACUGUUCAUGAAAUAAGAAUAGAGCAGCCGGAUCAGCCUCAGCCGCCUAUAUUAUUGCUUCUAAUCAAGUACUGUUGUUUUAGCUGGACAUUCUUUUCCUUCCCUUCUCCUUAGUAGUUUGUCUAUAAAUGCAUCGACUUGUUUUUGGAAACUGAACUGGGAACUUGUGUGGUAAAAUGAGUGAGGGAGAGCAACAAUCACAGCCACAGAUAGUAUUAGAAAUUGAUGAUCCGAUCACAAAAACUGAAUCACAUCCCAAGUUUAUAAUUCAUGUCCUGUCUUCUUUAUCCUGCAUCUUAUCUAAGAUCCAUGCCGGGUAUUUCAGGAUCGCUCUUGCUCUGGCCAGUCAAGCUUUACUCUGGAAAUUCCUCAUAGAGCCAAUCCAAGACGCGCAUGCUCUUAGACGCUUGUUUUUAAUAAUACCCUCCACGGCUCUCAUUCUCCUAUGGUCAGUAGCAUUAGCCACACUGGUCACACUUUCUAUUCUCUACACCCUAAGAUGCUUCUUUCACUUCGACAAGGUCAGGAAGGAGUUCUUAGACCCCGUGGGAGUAAAUUACCUGUUUGUCCCCUGGAUCUCCGGGUUGUUCCUGCUACAAUCAUCACCCCAUAUUCCUCCAACCACGGUACAUUACCAAGUAUUUUGGUUGGUGCUUGUGGUUCCUGUGGUGGUUCUUGAUGUGAAGAUCUAUGGGCAGUGGUUCACCAAAGGGAAGCGACUUUUGUCGAUUGCGGCAAACCCAACGAGUCUGUUAUCGGUGAUAGGGAACUUGGUGGGGGCGCAGGCUGCUGCGAGAAUGGGUUGGAGAGAAAGUGGCUUGUGCAUAUUUUCUUUGGGGAUGGCUCAUUAUUUGGUGUUAUUUGUGACGCUAUACCAGAGGCUAGCAGGAGAUAAUAGCCUCCCUGCAAUGCUGCGUCCUGUUUUCUUCUUGUUCUUCGCCGCACCCAGCGUGGCUAGCUUGUCCUGGCAUUCCAUUUCUGGCAAGUUUGAUGAUUUCUCCAAGAUGCUCUUCUUCCUUUCGCUUUUCCUCUUCAUGUCCCUGGUUUCAAGGCCCUUGCUGUUCAAGAAGGCGAUGAAGAAGUUCAGUGUAGCGUGGUGGGCCUAUUCGUUCCCUGUGACGGCUUUAGCCUUGGCUUCAGCACAGUACGCACAUGAGGUUAAGGGGGUCAUAGCCCAUGCGCUUAUGUUGCUGCUAUCUUUAGUUUCUGUGUUGGUGUCCCUUAUCUUAAUGGUCGCUACUGUUAUCCAUACUCAUAAGCCCCCAUCUCAUUCUAACACACCUCAGAACGACUGUGCAGCCACGUCUUCAAGUAUUGACUUAAAUUAAUCCCUUCAUGCAUCUUUUUGUAGCACAAGAUGCACUAGUUGAACUCUAGAUUUUGGGUCAUCUACAUAUGUUAAAUUCAACUUAAUGUAUCGGACCAGAUCACUGCUGUAAAUUGAUCAGCCUGUGGGAAGAAAAGCUUGUAUCGUCGCCUUGUUUCCCCUUCUGCCAAAAUUACUAUAAUGUCCUAAAGAUAGUAUUUAUUUA